AUGAUUACGAGAUACGGCUGUGGAAUCUUGGAAUUAUUUAAUCGUGCAAUCCUCGCAUCGUUGACAAAUAUGAUUGUGAAAUCCUGGUAUCGUGGGAUCAUGAAAUCCUUGAAUCGUGUAGUCCUCGAAUCAUUGACAAAAAAUAUGAUUGUGGAAUCCUGGAAUCCUCGAAUGGUGGUUUUAUCGAAUCCUGGAAUCCUUGAAUCGUGCAAUCCUCGAAGCAUUGAGAAAUAUGCUUCUGGAAUCCUGGAAUCGUUGUAUCAUGCAGUCCUCGAAUCAUUGGAAAUAUGGCUGUGGAAUCCUGGAACUCUGGAAUUCUGGAAACGUGCAAUCAUCGAAUGA